CUCUCUAUAUAUAGCCUCCAGGGCCCGGACGCUGCAUUAAAGCACACAGCCAGAACGAACAAGCCACAUGCUGUUUGCUUUCUGGCAGUCAAAGGAAUAAGAAAGUAGUUUCUUUUGUUGUACUGCGCAGGAAUUAGAAUGAACAAACCCAAAAUUGUCAGACCUGAGGAGUGCCAGCCAGCACAUGCGGUGUGGUUUGACAGAAAGAAAUAUGUCACCAUCAACUUCAUGGUUCAGAGACCUAAAGAUGUCCAGGUUGAUAUCCAGCCAGAUAAAAUGAUUUUAUGCUGCAAAAACGACACAGAUGACUGGAUCUACAAUGAGCUGUACUUCUACGAAAAAGUUCAAAUCCAUGACUCCAGAGAAAGAGUCUUCGACCGCACCAUCAAUAUCUUGCUGAGGAAGGUGAAGCCCGAUUACUCAUGGCCACAUCUCCAGAAGGAUCUAGCUAAGCCCAGCUGGAUUGCUGUAGACUUUGAUAACUGGAGGGACUGGGAGAACGAGGAAGACGAUGGAAAGGAAGAGUUCGAGAGAUACAUGGAUACGAUCCAAGAAAUGGCUGCCUCUAAUAAAGGACCAGCGCCAGAUAUGGGAGAUCUUAGUGAUUUUGUUACCUCUGUAGUAUCCUGCUGCCCAGCUGAGCUCAAACAUGAAGUCAAUGGAAAGAAAGAAACUCUGAAGGGCUUCAAUGUCAAGCUCCAAGAUACCAUCUUGUUUCCUGAAGGAGGCGGUCAACCAGAUGACCACGGGCUGAUUGGAGACGUCUCGGUGUUGAGGGUGACGAGGCAGGGGCCUGACGCCGUUCACUUUGUGGGCUCACCUCUGGAGGUGGGUCAGGAGGUGCAAGUGAAGGUGGACUGGGAGAGGAGGUUUGACCACAUGCAGCAACACUCAGGUCAACAUUUGAUCACAGCUUUGGCAGAUAGCAUGUUUGGAUACAAGACGACAUCCUGGGAGCUGGGACGUCAGAGAAGCACCAUUGAACUGGACACUCCCUCUGUGAAGCCUGCCCAGCUCCAGGUCCUGGAGGAAGUCAUAAACGAGAAGAUCAGAGUCCAUGUCCCGGUCACGGUUCAGCUUCUCUCCAUAGAUGAUCCUGCUGUGGAAAAGGUGAGGAGUCGAGGGCUGCCGGACGACCAUGCAGGGCCUAUUCGGAUCAUCGAUAUCGAGGGCAUUGAUGCCAACAUGUGCUGUGGAACCCACGUGUCUAACCUCAGCCACUUACAGGCUAUAAAGCUACUGGGAACUGAGAAAGGAAAGAAAAACAAAACCAACCUGAUCUUCCUGGCAGGAAACAGGGUGUUGAAGUAUGCUGAGAAAAGCUACAGCACAGAGCGAUCACUGGUGUCUCUCCUCAAGACUGGACCUGAUGAGCACGUUGAGGCCGUCGACAAGUUGCAGAAGUCUGUUAAGCUACUACAGAAAACUAACCUGGGCCUGCUACGAGACAUGGCGGUCCUCAUCUCUCAGAACUUUAAGAACGACCCCCAGAGAGGCGACUUCUUCAGCUUGCACAAAAAAGACGGUGACAAUGAGUUCAUGAAUAUCAUUGCCAAUGAAAUGAACACUGAGGAAACGUUGGUUUUCCUGACUGUUGGAGAGGAGAAGGGACCUGGCUUGUUUCUACUGGCUGGACCCAGUGGACGAGUGGCUGAGAUGGGACCACGGGUGUUAGAGAUGCUCCAAGGGAAGGGGGCGGGAAAAAACGGACGUUUCCAAGGAAAAGCCAACAGCCUGGCACGAAGAGGGGAGGUGGAGGCUUUUCUGCAGCAGCACUGCAAACAUCACACCUCAGAGGAAGAAUAAACCAUUCUCUUUUAUGAAGAGAAACAAUACGUUUAGAAGCCAAUCAGGAUAUCAUAAUU